UCCCGCCUCUCACCCCUCCCGGCCGGCCCCGCCCACCCCCGCCCUACUCCCGACGAGACGGCGCGCGAGCUGCCAAGGCGCGUGCGCGGCGGCGCCGUCGGGCGGGCGCGGCCUGGGGCGCCGCGGGAGGCGGGCACGGCGAGCUCGGUGAGCGGCGCUCUGCGGGCCAGCCCCGCUGCCGCGCCUUCCUCCUCCGCCUCGUCGUCCUCCUCCUCGCCGCCGCAGCUGGCGCUGCUCGUGAUGCAGCCGUGCGGCGGCGAGGAGGCGGCGGCGGCUGGCGCGGCGGGGGGCGCGCUGCCGGGCACCGACCCGCCGCUGCCGCCCCCCGGUACUGGCGGCCUCAUGGUGUUCUACGAGCUGGGUGGGGGCGGCGACGGCGAGGCCGAGGCAGGGGAGGAGACCGAGGCGGCUGGCGGCGAGAGCACGGCCAGCCCGGAGGAGCUGGAGGAGGAGGAGGCGGUGGCUUCGAGCGGGGAAACGGCGGCGGGCGGCGGCUGCAAGAGCUGCACCUACCAGGGCUGCAACGAGACCACCACGCAGGUGGUGAAGCAGCGCAAGCCCUGGAUGUGCAAACGCCACCGCAACAAGAUCUACAAGGACAAGUACAAGCGCAAGAAGAGCGACCAGGCCCUGGGAGGCGGUGGGGCGGCGGCCGCCGGGGGCGGCCCGCGAGCCGAGGAUAGUGUUGAAGGAUCAAUUUCUGUCACAAAACAGAGAACAGGAUCCAUUGGAGAUCGCCCAGCAAGACCUACUCUUUUAGAACAAGUAUUGAAUAAAAAGAGGCUGUCCCUCCUCAGAAGUCCAGAAGUAGUGCAAUUUCUCCAGAAACAGCAGCAACUCUUAAAUCAGCGGGCUUUGGAACAAAGGCAGCAACAGUUUCAAGGAACACCUGGGUAAUCUGAGCAGAUCAAUGACCGGCUGAUGAGUCUGGUGCUACAGGAUGUGUAUUUUAUAUAAAUGCAAAGAAUCUCUGUUUCAAGGAAAACUACUUUGCUGCUGUUAAACAUGUAACUUGUUUCUUGUUUGCACUUUUGAGGUUUUGAGCUGCUGGGUGUCUGCAAAUUUGUGAGUGUAUCUGGAGACGUCUAUUUUUUGAUUCUUUUUAGAACUCAUUUUCAUGUUUAGUUUUUUAAUAAAAAUUUGUUUAUAUUAAUGUUUAGCUGUACACCCUUUUCCUACCAAAGUCUUCCACUAAAUUAACAUUUUUCUAUAUAAGGAUUUACUGUUAAACAAGUCGCUCUUUGAUGACAAUCAUUGAAGGAAGUCAGUUACUUUCUGUGGAAGUUGUGAAUUAAAGUUCUGAAUUUGAAACAGUCCAGCAGCAUAACCUUAACCCAUUCCCAGUUGCUCAGGGAUGUGACAAACAUAGAUCCGGUAGAAUCUUGCACUAAAGGCAAAGAAAGCAUGCCAUCAAGAAGUUGAUCCAGUGGUUUGGAAAAGUGCAAAUCAGGUCAUCCUCCUGCUAUGUAUUUGUUAUCUGCAAGUUGAGGAGGUUUGAAAUGAUUCAUUGUCAGUGGAAAGCAUAAAAGCUUGUGUUUGAAAGUUCCAAAAGAGAUAAAUAGCAAAAUGCUUUGGAGGAGAAUCAGGUGGAACGUAUGCAACUGAGAGUUGGACCUUGUUUUAUGGAGUUAUUUGUAAGGACCAACCUCUUAUACAUGAAAUAUAACUUAAUUACAGAUGAGACUAAAUUAAUUCUUAAAGCUUUUAACUCAUAAUAGCAAAUGCAUUCAAAAACUAAAAUGUAAUUGUAUAUUUUUUCCUUUACUUAGUCUUUCUAAAAAAAAAAAUAUAUAGUUAAAAGUCAUCUAUUAAGACAAUUGAUAUCUAUCAGUUCUAGUGCUGGACUUCUCAGGUUUUCAGCCAAUUCAGAUGAACUUACAAUGGAUUUGGUUAAGAAGCCAAACAUGAUAUUAUGUAAGUUUUGAAUCCCACGUUUUGUUUUUAAAACAAAGUUUUGUAUUGACCUCUAUUUGGACAUGUGGUUUAUCUAAAUGGUGUAGGUGCUUGUUAAAGUUCUACUUUGAUAUUGCAGUAGUUUGAUCUGCUAUUGAGUAAUAUCUCAUCAGGAGUAUUUAUUAGUCAUUAAUUUUUACAAGCUGUGCUUUGUGUAGAUAUAGAACUUGUUCAGUAGGGAUUUAUUGUGUUUAGCAUUGUGCAAGUUGUUCUUUAAAAAAAGAAAUUAAAACUGUGUAUCAACAGUUCUGGACCAACAAGUGUUUGAGUAAAAUCUUUGUUUUUCUUUAAGAAACAAGACCAGAGCCUGUUUUUUUUAU